AUGACAGUAGAGGACAGAAAUACAGACGCCUCAGUGUCAAUCUCCUCAGACACAACGACAGACAUAAAAAAAACCAAGAGAAACGAUCAAAAGCCGAAUCAAUUGCCCCCGAAAAAUCAAAAAUCGAAGAAUCCACGUGGCGAUUGGGAGUCCAGUGAGUGUCUUUGCCACGCUUACAGAAUAACCCCAUGUGUUCCCCCAAUGGAGUGGAAUGGACCGACCCAGGAAAUAAAUCCCGAGAGCCCCAGAAAUUUCUCCCGGAAGUGGCCCCGUCGACCCUCUAGGUCAGAGAAGCCCUACAUGAAGUGUGUGCCCUCGACAGGAAUAAAACAAAAUCCCUGCCACCUUCUACCGCCGAACAUGAACUCUGAUGUCAACGAGAUUCAUAAAAAAUUCAAGAAUAUCACUGGAAAAAUCGAAAUCUACUAUUUUGAUCACGGUAAUGCAUCAUACUACCGAACAACCGAUGCAAUUCCCCUCCUGACGACCGAAAAAUUUGCGGACAAGACUGAUCAAGCAGCGACAAGGUUCUGGGCAGAAUUUUUUGGCACAAUAAACAUAGGAAUAACGUUCAUAACAGCAUUCCUCCUCCAACUGCUUCGCUUCAUUCUGUACAGCCUGAUAAGGCCCCUAACGAUUGGAAUAAUUCAAUUACUAUCCGACUACUUCAUCAAGCCCCUGUUGACGAUAAUAUUCAAUGCACUAAUUCAACCAGUGCUAAUAUUACUCUACAAUAUAGCAACGUCCUUGCGAGAUCUCUGCGAACCAAUAGCCGAGGCAAUAGGUUUCUUCAUUCGUGAAUUGUCACGCCUUUUUCAAGCAAUAAGACUAAUCGAGAUCAACAGAAAUGUUACAGACGGAGAUAUUCCCACUUGAUAAACAACGAAUAACAACAACAUAAGAACAUUUCAACGCCAGAACAACGAACAUUAGGGGCUUCCACCUACAUCGUUUGACCCUAGGCUCAGGAACUGCAACCUCGGUUAUUCAUCAACUUUUAAUUAAAAUUCUAUAAACGGAUUUAUUUUCUACGUGGCUCCACUUGGUGGAUCUUGAAUUGAUGUUGUAGUUGAUGUACCCGAUGUGGAGUCACCUGGAAUAAUGAAUAUUGAGAGUGCACGGGUGUUAUUUACCUAGUAAAGCUGCCUCCAAAUCUCCAAGUAUUUCCGUUUCCUUGGCGUCAAUGAGAUUGAAGCGUUGAUUAAGGAGAGUGAGGUGGGCGAAUACACAAUUGAGGUGAGCGUGGAGGCCCAGGAGUGCAACCUCUCUGAAGUGGCAGUGGUAAAUGUGUGCCACUACAUGGUACAGUAGCCGCAGAAUCUUACGCACUAUCGACUCAAACGAGCUGGGAAACUCGUUUGCUACAAAACCACAAUAAAAUUAUGAGAUACUGACGAUUAGAUAACUAUUACUGCAUGUCAAAAUGAGAAAUGAAAUUCAACAGUUGAAAUUUAACAUUUCAUUCUGGUAAAUAAAUUUUUGGAGACGAUAAAAAAAAUUAGUUUUGAAGGAAAAAAUUGGGUUGAUAUUCACAAUUUUUGUGCACAAGUGCUGCACAUCGAAACGAGAUAGAAAAUUUAUUACUCAACAUUUUUAAUUUUAGAAAAACUUCUCGACAAAAUCAAACUGUAAAGUA